AGUACAUAUUUAGUGUAUUAUGAGUUGCACUCAGCCAAUCAGAUCACAGUAGUAAUUGCGCGUCAUCAGCGGUCACCUGCACGGGGAAGAACUAACAGUCAUGGCCAUGUCUCUCUGCGAUGACACACUUUUGUGUAACUUCACAAAGUGUCGGACCAAGCUGAGCGGCUUCGCCUGGGUCACAGCAUGCUCUCAUAUUUUCUGUGAUCAGCACGGGUCUGGUGAGUUCAGCCGCUCUCCUGCCAUCUGCCCAGCUUGCUCCUCUGCACUGUCUGGGAAACUGGACAUUGUGAGGACGGAGCUGUCGCCCUCUGAGGAAUACAAAGCCAUGGUGCUGGCAGGUCUGCGACCUGACAUAAUACUGGACAUCAGUGCCCGCGCUAUGGCCUUCUGGAGCUAUCAGGUACAUCAGGAGCAUAUGUACCAAGAGUACAAUAUGUCACGAGCCGAGGCACAGCUGAAACAGAUGGAGAAGGUGUUAACCCAGCAGAACCAUAGCAGGGAACUGGAGCUCUCUGCCAUGAGGGGAGAAAUCACCUCUCUGAAGAAAGUGAUGGAGGAGUACAAGAGGAAGUACAGUGAGGUGUCUGAGAGACUGAUGGAGAGGAACAGGCAGUACCAGAAACUGCAGGGGCUCUACGACUCUCUGAGGCUGCGAAACAUGGUGGUGGGUGUUGGGGAAAGAGACAUGCUGCUGCAACCAGGACAUCACAGCUUCAAAUCUGGGGUGGCUCAGCAGGCGACGCCCCAGAGGAGCCCUGUGUUUUCCUCUGUGGGCCGUGAUGGCGACAGUCAAUUCUUCUCCUGUCUGGAGGCCAACGGAGCCAAGACCUUCUUCCAGUUCAGCUCCCCUGCUCUGGAGAAAGGCCGGCCCUUCAUCAAGAAGCACUGAGGACAGCAGGUUUCAUAGUUACUGUGGACUUUAACCAGACUAUAGUUAUUCAUGUUACCAAACUGUUCUGGUUUAAUAAUUAAUUUUUGUGGUAUUUAUUGCAAUUUCGAACCAUAAAUGUGUUUUUGAACAACAAACUGUUGGUUAAAAUUAGUAGUUGAAUGUGAUUUGUAAAGUUUUAGUCCUGACUUUAUAAA